AUGGUCAAUUAUUACGAAAUCCUGGGCGUCGCCCAGAAUGCGUCUCUCAAAGAUAUCAACAGCGCCUACAAGAAGCUCGCCCUCAAAUACCAUCCUGAUAAGGCUGGCGGUGAAACAAGCGCUGUGGCGCAGUUUCGGAAGAUACUAGAAGCGAUCGAAGUCCUCCGUGAUCCUAUCAAACGCGAGUUGCAUGACAAUUACAUCAACGCUAACAGGCCCACGUAUAUAAUUCCCCAAUUCAGGACUUAUGAAAAUGUUCCUGAUGGAUGGCCACUGUGGGAUGCGUGGUAUGAAGAAGAUGCGAAAUGGAGACGCGAGGAAGAAGAGCGGGAGCGUGAAGAGGAAAGACGGAAAAUGGAAGAGGAGAAACGACGCAAGCUUGAGCGUGAAGCUCAGCGCCGGAGAGAAGAGGAGGCACGAGCCAGGCGUAUGGAAGCCAUGAGAGCUCGCGUGCUUCGUGACGAAGAAGAAAUGAAACAGGAAGAGAGAGAGCAGAAUGAGGCAUAUACAGAGGACUCGGUCUCAUGCUCAGAAAGCAAUGAAGAAUUCCUGGGACCUGAUCAUCCUGCAGAUGAUGAAAGCUCCGAUUACAGUGGCAGGAUUGAAAUUAGAAUCGCAGACUUCGACGAAAGAGGUGCGAAAAGCCACUCCGGCUUUGACAAUUCCCUGCAGGAUGACACAGAUGACGAGGACAGCAAAGAAGAAGAAAAGCAACGUGUCAGGUGUGACGACUCUGCCAGCUUUUCUACAGUUGAAACAAGUAACACUAGGGGUGAUAACCAACAAAGUGAGCCAGACACUAACCUCGGCCCUCUUCUCGAAACCCUGGUUCCUUUCUUUCGGUACAAACUCGCUGACCCCAACGGUCGCUACAAUAUCAACGACCUCCAUGUUGAAAUGACCGGCUUCGUCCUGGAAUCGCUCCAGGGCUGGUUCGAGGAGCAGCGUCAGGGCUUCCCAGGGGCGGAGCCAACCGAGGUGGCCAAUUUUGCAAAUGGACCAGACACCUGUCGUCACCUGGGACGUUGGAAGAAGACAUUUGACGUCGAAGAGUGCGAUGUUUGUCAGCGCUGGCUGCCGAUUUACAUGUUGACGUGUCAAAGCUGUGGAGCUAGGGCAUGUGUCAGCUGCAAAUAUCACAAGCCGGCGUGA